GCUCACGGUUCAUGAAGGCCCUGAUUCAUUUCCAUCUCCCAAAAAAAUAACGCUUCCAGUUUCCAUCUUUAUCUUCUUUCUGCGCAAGAUUUUAACGCCCUGUGAUUUCAACGCUACAAGCGAUGUUAACGCCCUGCGAUUUCAUGAUCAUCUUCUCCGCACUCAGCAAUUUUCCAGACUUUACGUUCCUCACAUCUCCCCCAGUGACACAACUUCAUACAACUGUUUACUUGCGAAAAAUCCACCAAAUUUAACCCUAUUUAGGAUUCUUCAUCUCUCUUCUUCGUAUGAGAGAUUACCGCACCCAGUUCUUCACCGAAUUUUGGGUUCAUACAACUAUAUAUACAGAUGCACAUCGACAUUAGGGUUCAUACUCUCGCUGCACGAGUAGCCGGGGGUAUGUAAUGUUUCAUUGCCAUUCUACCUACAGUGUUGAUGCCUUAAUUGAAAUUUUGCAUUCCUAUACACCACCUGUGGGAAGCCUGGGCUCUCCUCUUCAGUCGCACACUUGCACUUUCUUCUAUUCAUAUGAAUGAUUUUUCUCUUCUUCCACCGCACAACAACGUCAUCGCAGAAAUAACUCUUGUUGCACCUUUGAGUAGUUCAUCUUGCAUCGAUCAUCAACGCUAUGUAUCGGUAUUCUAUAUAUCUUGCUGAAUGCCAAGAAGAACUAAAGUUCUGAGUUUGUCAUGCUUGAGUAAGGCACUGCAUUGCCUGAGUCGCCAAAUUACUGUUGAUCACUCUCUUAUUGCAGGGACUGUGUACGAAUUUCAAUAUACUGAAUCAGAGGUAGUUUCGUAAUUCAAUUCUCUAUUUUUAGUACAUGUAUACUUCUGCCAUGUCUACCGGCGUAUAGUAGUCUUUUGGUGAAGUAUAUAUUGGUGCACAAUAAAAAAUGUUACAACUGCAUAUACUACUAAUAGAUUUAUGCUACGUUGUUUUUUUCUGCAGGUCUACUGUAGUGUCUAUGCAUAUAAACUCCAUUUCACUUAUACUGCUUUUCUUCCCUUCCAAUUGUGAUCACAAUUUGUGUUGGUGUAGUGACCAACUGUGGUACUUUGUGAUCCAGUUCAGUAAGAGAGUUUUGUCUCUUCUAAUGCACCAAGAAGCUUCCACUUCAUCUGAGACUAGUUUUCUCUCUGACCUUACCUCAGUGUCAUCUGGAGUGGCUUCUACAAUAUACACAUCCAGCAGUCCCUCAACGUACCUGUUACUGCGGAAGAAAAGUUUUGUGGGAUGAGCGAGUAGCUAAAAUAGUUCUGUACAGUAACUUCGGUAAAAUUCAAUUAUAAAAGUAACUUAAACGAGAUUACUUAUUAUGAUUAUUACACAAUUCCGCACGCGAAAUCAAAAGAUACUAAAUAGACUCUAAGUUUAAUAUUUCAUUUUAUGUUAUCGCCAAUGCUAAUU